AAAAAUCUGAGAGAACCUGACACAGAGAGAGAGAGAGAGAGAACAUAGAAAAGGAUUUCAAAGAAGUUUGAUUUUUGAAUCUCAUUGUGAUCGUUGCUAUAGUGUAUUUUUUUUCUUUGUCUGUUUCUGGUGGUUUUUUUGGAGCUGGAAUACUUUUAAAAACAUGGGUCUUUCUUGUUUUUGAGUUUUCAAACUUGAGCUGAGGAGCUGGUGCUCAUCUUCAUAGUUUAAAGUAAACGGAAAAAAAAAAAAAGGGUUUUCUGUGUAUUUAUGGUAGCAAUCUGAUUGCUGAUUUUGGAAGUAUCACUGCCUUGCAGGUUCCGAAUUCAGAGUGAAGAAAAAAAAUAGAGUUUUUAUUUCCAUUUUGAAAAGCGUGGUUUGUUUGUUUCUGAUCCUUAGAAACAUUGUCUGAGGAUUGAGCUACAGUGGGUUUUUUCUGGAGAAAAAAAUAAAAGAGAGAAUUUUGGGGGGUACCUGAAUCUUAAAAAGGUUGGUUCAAUGGUCCUUCAACUUGUUUUAGUUUGCUUUCUUUGAUCCUUAGAAAAAAAAAAGGUGGUUUUUCAUUUUUGUUCCUUUUUCGGCUUGCUGGGUGCCAUAGUCCAAUUUCACUUGAUUAGCUGAAGUGAUCAUUUUGAUAAAAAAUUCAUAUCUAAAAUCAUGAGAGAAGGUACCGAAAACGGGGUUUCCGAUGAGAAUCGGUCGGCCGAGGAUUGGUUAUCGCACGCGCAAAAGCUUGUUCCGAUGGCAGUUGAUAAGGCAAGGGAAGUGAAAGGGUUUCCCGGUAGGUGGAAGGUGAUAAUAUCGAAACUGGAGCGAAUCCCUUCGUGCUUAUCGGACUUGUCGACCCAUCCUUGCUUUUCGAAAAAUGCUCUUUGUAAGGAACAAUUGCAGGCUGUUUUGAAGACAUUGAAGGAAGUGAUUGAAUUGGCGGAUUUAUGCUUGAAAGAGAAGUACGAGGGGAAGCUUAAGAUGCAGAGCGAUCUCGAUGCGCUAUCGGGGAAGUUGGAUCUGAACUUACGAGAUUGCGGACUUCUGAUCAAGACCGGUGUACUAGGCGAAGCUACAUUGCCUUUAUCGUUCGUCAGCUCUACAUUGGAAUUGAAUACAGCAACAUACGGCCCUCUAAAGGAAUUGCUUGCGCGGCUCCAGAUCGGUCACUUGGAAGCAAAGCACAAAGCUCUUGACAGCCUUGUUGAGGUCAUGAGGGAGGAUGAAAAGAGCGUAUUGUCGGUUAUGGGUCGGAGUAACGUUGCUGCUUUAGUCCAGUUGCUAACGGCAACUUCUCCUAUUAUCCGGCAAACGACGGUGACCGUCAUCUGCUCACUCGCGGAAUCUGGAAGUUGCGAGGCCUGGCUUGUUUCGGAAGGCGUUUUGCCACCUCUCAUACGGCUUGUUGAAUCUGGCAACACAGUUGGUAAAGAGAAGGCAACUAUUUCGCUGCAGAGGUUAUCGAUGACUGCCGAAACAGCCCGAGCGAUUGUCGGCCACGGUGGGGUUCGACCGCUGAUCGAAAUGUGCCAGACCGGAGACUCUGUUUCACAGGCUGCAGCAGCUAGUACAUUGAAAAACAUAUCAGCUGUCCCCGAGGUUCGACAAAUACUAGCUGAGGAAGGUAUUAUAAAGGUGACGAUCGAUCUCCUCGAGCACGGAAUUUUGUUGGGAUCGAAAGAAUACGCUGCGGAGUGCUUGCAGAAUCUGACUGCCGGAAACGAGAGUCUGAGAAGGUCCGUUAUCGCAGAAGGCGGAAUUAGAAGCCUAUUGGCAUACCUUGAUGGUCCUCUGCCCCAAGAAUCCGCAGUUGGAGCCUUGAGGAAUUUGGUUGGUUCGGUUCCGAGAGAAGUUCUGAUGUCACUCGGUUUCCUCCCUCGAUUAGUCCAUGUUCUCAAAUCUGGAUCGCUGGGCGCACAAACAGCCGCUGCGGCGGCCAUCUGUCGUGUUUGCAACUCAAUCGAAACGAAAAAGCUGGUGGGUGAAGCCGGGUGCAUCACUCUCCUUAUUAAAAUGCUCGAGGCUAAAUCGAAUAAUGCUAGAGAAACGGCUUCACAAGCGCUUUCGAGCUUGCUAACCAUCUCUCCAAAUCGCCGAGAAGUCAAAAAGGACGAUAAAAGUGUGCCAUAUCUAGUCCAGCUGCUCGAUCCAAGUCCACAAAAUACCGCAAAGAAGUACGCAGUUUCCUGCCUUGCAUUGCUGUCGACAAGUAAGAAAUGCAAGAAGCUUAUGAUCUCAUAUGGGGCGAUAGGGUAUCUGAAGAAGCUGUCGGAGAUGGAAAUCCCGGGUGCGAAGAAGCUCCUCGAGAGGUUACAGAGAGGGAGGCUUAGAAGUUUGUUCAGCCGGAAGUAGAAGAGGAAGAAGGAAUGCAAGUAUUCUGUUUGUACGAUGUUUAAUGUUUCAUUGUCUGAAUGAAACAGAGUAGUUAAUGUUAAUCCAUGCUCUCCAGUGUCAAGGUUUUUAAAAAAUUAGUAAUGAAAUGGUGAAGUUCUGUGAAA